AUGAUGGACCUAGACAAUUAUUCCGACGAAGACCUCGAUGAUAUUCUUGACGGCGAGACCAUCAACCAGCUCGAAACCCACGCCAUCCUCUUCACCCAGAAACAGGCCCAGUCGACCCAACAUGAACCUCAACGGCCACCACCACAGUCGGCAUUCCAACUACCGGCAGGCACCGCCGAGCAACCGCAUUACAUAUCUGACGACGAUGAUGACGACGGCGAAGUCAUAGAUCAAGCCGCUCAGCCCCUUCGCGCCGUGCCCAGCAUCGCUGGCCAACAAAGGUUGAACCAUCAAAAACAACAACAACAGCAACAGCAGGCCAACCAGCAGCGAUAUGGCCAGCAACCGGCUUUCCGACCCCCGAAUCCCCAGUUCACCCCGUCUCAACAUCCACGAGGACCAUUGGGAGCCCCUGGUGGGCGCGCCCUCCCCCCGUCCCAAUUCGUCCGUCCACAACAACCACCACAGCCGCGACCGGCUCCAAUCACCCGGCCCUAUGUCGGCCAACAGCCACCAACCACCCAAGGCCUCCGUGGCGCCAGUCUGGACGCAGAAAAGGAAAAGGAGGAACAAAUCCGCGCCCUCGAAGCCGAGCUCUCCAACUUGCGCACCCAAUUGACAACCGCCAAAGGCGAAGCCAAUCUCAUACGCUCCAAAUAUGACCGCGACGUACCGCAGCUCAGGCAGAAGAUGGCCGAAGAGAAGGCAAGGAUGGCCGAGGAGAAGGCAAAGAUGGAGAGAAAGCUCCAGGAGGCCCACAAGGUGCAGCAGGUCGUUAGUAACGAGCUGAAGUUUGCCAACGCAGACCUACAAGAGCGGGGGAGACCAAGGACCAAGAAGGCGGUUGGCAAGGAUGGAGGCGCAAUGACGCCUGGUGGCAGGAACAAAACAAAGUUCAUGCACAUGCUGGAUGGGUUCAGUGAUGUGGAGGUGCUAGGGGUGGGAAGUCCUAGUAGAGAUAGGGCAGGGAGGAGGGAGCAGAAGAACGGCGGUACACCAACAAAAGGAAAGAGAAAGAGGCCUGCGGUGGAUAGUCCGUCUUUUGCGCUGGAGAUGGAGACCGAUGAUGGUUCUUUCGAAACGGGCGCUGGCUUGUUUGCUUUGAGAUCUAGCAGUACAAGAUCCGGUGGGCCGAGUUUGCCCUAUGAUUUCCUCAAACUAGUCCUUGACCAUUCUCCCCUCCCGUCCCUUCCCCUGACCUUCGAAGCUUUUGCGCGAUUCUGCUUCCCAUCAAAACCGUCCGCUUCCUUCGCCUCCAUCAUCUUCCGACGUCUUCCCCAACUGGGCGUCUCCAACCUCAUCAACAGCUCCGACAAUGACCCCUUCCGUCUCCUCGUCGACUUCUCCGAGCUCCUUCUCGACUUGUGGCAACAAUGCCUAUCCGAGCGCUAUCAUUUGCCCAUCUACUACCUCGCCGCCCUGUUACACUUUAUCCUGCAGCUGAACGCUGUGGACGUUGCGCCGCGGAUCACCAGCAGUUUGGUUCCUGUGGUUGUGACCACCUGCCAGCUUGUGGCGUUGCCGAGGCUAAGUUUGAAGAUGGUAAACGAACGAGGUGGGACUGUGGAGGACUUGGAGCAACAUGCCAACCCGGCCAUGAGGAAGCUGGCAGCAGACAUUGAUGUUACCCAGUGUCUCAAGUUGCUGUAUCUAUGCGCGGUGGGCUGUUUAAAGCCACCGAGUGUUGAUCAACACAGCAUGCCAUCACCUCAGGCGCAGUUCUGGAAGACCAUGGACUUGGAGUUUGUUGUUCUGAUGCUAAGCGCAAAGCAGCCGGAACAAGAUUGGAGGGGCAUGUUGCGUCUUUUGAGGACAAGUGUCAUGCCAGCAAGUGUUGGACCGUUGCCCAAGUCUGACUCUAGCGUUGACAGCAAUACGACGUUGGCGGUUCGAAGUCGGCCACAGGUCCAAUCUCCGGGCAGCGGCAGCGGUAGUCAUCGGGGCGGGAAUCGUGCCGGUCAAAUGCUUCCACCCCCACUGCCUCACAUCCGCAACAAUAACAUUGUCGACAACCCCAAGUCAGACUCUGCAUCAACAGCCCAAGUCAUCAUCGACUGCGUCUCCUCCUACUUGGUCGAUACUCCACCGCGAUGGGCUUCCUCUGGAUCCGCGCGCGAGGUAUCCAUCAAACUUGCAGCCAUGGAGACGCUCAUGUCCUUCGCUUCCAGCUCAUUCGGCUUAUUGCAACUCGCUAAAAGCGACGUGGCAAUUCCGAAAAUUGUAUCUGCCUUGUGUUGGGCGAUCGACGGUCUCUACGAUUCCAACAUUCCGUCCGAGUCCUUCGGGAAACUCUCCAUCACUGGCGCUGAUGAUAACAUCAAGAAAGGGGGAUCGUUCUUGUCUUUAGCUCAGGCUCAGGGGCAGGCCAACAAUCGGAAGAACAAGGGGCACGGUUAUGAUGACAGCGGAAUGUCGACACCGCAGUUAUUGUCACAACUAAUUUCUAGGUCAACGAAGCUGGUACACGCACUAGUCACGCAUCCUAGAACUUCUGGCAUCGUCAACCCUAUCGCCCGCAGGCUCGCAACACCAAGACCAACGACAACACUGACACCACCACCCGCGGGCGGCGGUCCACCGACAUCUACACGCCCGGGACCCGGCCGCGGCCGCAACCACAACGGCCCCCGCGCAGGUGCAGGUGUUCCCAUCCGACCCACAGCUCUCCACGCCCUACACAGCCGCGCCAACGCGUCCUUCGAUAAUUCCCACCAUCCCCGGCAUAACCUCAACAAGAACAAUAACAACCUCACCUCAAACGUCCCAAGCAAUCCCCACGCCUCGAGGGUUAGCAACAUGACCACCGCCCUUCCCCAUCGCUACUUGGUGUCUCUCGGCAGGCUCAACUUUGCCGAAGAAGAUCUAAUAUUUGAGCAAAAUAUCGAUGAGGAGACUGUCGAACUGGCGCAUGAGUUGUUGGAGUUGGCGGUAGAGAGGGGGGAGGGUGGGAGUGUUAAGGGGGUUUUUGUGGAGGGCCAACAUGAGGUUGAUGGGAUAUGA